CUGUCAACGUUCAAGAACGGAGGGUAGCCAAUCCUGUUUCUGUAUUUAACAUAGGGGCGGGCCACACUCAUAUAGGCUACCUAAAGCAAACCUUCUAUGUACACUGCUACUUCUGGUUUGGGGAGAUGGCGUCGUUGGCAGCAAUAGAGCCAGGGCUAAGCCCGGGGACAUUACCGAAAGAGGAAUCAGUAGUACCAGUUUCUAUAUUCGCACCGGACUGUGGGGAUGACCUUUCAGGGGCAGAGUGCUUCGAAGACGGAGAGAAUGUUAACGGCGAGUCCGAGGAUCAUUUAGACUUUACUAGCAAGCUGACUCUGGUCAGCCCCACAGGAGAACAGUAUGACUCGUUACUACGGCAACUCCGAGAGAGGAUGGAUGAAGGAUGUGGGGAGACCAUUUAUGUGGUGGGAGUGGGCUCAGACGGAGGUGACUAUGGCCUGGACGAGGGGGACAUGGAGGCGUCAGUGGCCACCGUUCAAUCCCUGUGUGAGCAGAUAGAGGCAGACAUGAUCCUGCUGAGAGAACGUAGCGACGCAGGGGGGAAAGUACGAGACUACCUCAUCCGCCGACGGGUCGGAGAGGAGGACUUCCUGGAAGUGAGGGUGGCGGUGGUGGGUAACGUGGAUGCCGGUAAGAGCACCCUGCUGGGGGUGUUGACCCACGGGGAGCUGGACAACGGCAGGGGGUUCGCCAGGCAGAAACUCUUCCGACACAAACACGAGAUGGAGAGCGGCAGGACCAGCAGUGUGGGGAACGACAUCCUGGGCUUUGACCAGGAGGGACAUGUGGUGAAUAAGCCAGAUAAUCACGGGGGCAGUCUGGACUGGACUAAGAUCUGUGAGAGGUCCUCUAAGGUCAUCACCUUCAUAGAUCUGGCCGGCCACGAGAAGUACCUGAAAACCACUGUGUUUGGAAUGACCGGACACCUACCAGACUUCUGUAUGCUCAUGGUGGGCAGUAAUGCAGGUAUUGUAGGGAUGACCAAGGAGCAUCUAGGUUUGGCUCUAGCCCUGAAUGUACCAGUCUUUGUAGUGGUCACCAAGAUAGACAUGUGUCCAGCCAACAUCCUAGCAGAGACACUGCAUCUGUUACAGAGGUUACUGAAGUCCCCAGGAUGUAGAAAGAUCCCCGUACUGGUUCAAAACAAAGAUGACGUUAUCGUCACUGCAUCCAACUUCAGCUCAGAGAGGAUGUGUCCAAUCUUCCAGGUCUCCAAUGUAACAGGAGACAACAUGGAUCUUCUGAAGAUGUUCCUCAACCUACUGUCUUCGAAAACCUCCUAUAGAGAAGAUGAGCCUGCCGAGUUCCAGAUCGAUGACACCUACUCAGUACCGGGUGUGGGCACAGUAGUAUCCGGCACUACGUUACGUGGAUUGAUACGACUGAAUGACACGCUGCUGCUCGGCCCAGACCCCCUGGGCAGUUUCCUCUCCAUCGCUGUCAAAUCUAUCCACCGCAAGAGGAUGCCUGUCAAAGAGGUCCGGGGGGGACAGACCGCCUCCUUCGCGCUCAAAAAGAUCAAGCGUUCCUCCAUCAGGAAGGGGAUGGUGAUGAUCUCUCCCAGACUAACACCUCAGGCUACCUGGGAGUUCAUGGCUGAGAUACUGGUCCUGCACCACCCCACCACCAUAUCCCCACGAUACCAGGCUAUGGUGCACUGUGGCAGCAUCAGACAGACAGCCACCAUUCUGACCAUGAACAGAGACUGUCUACGUACCGGGGACAAGGCCUCAGUCCACUUCAGAUUCAUCAAGACCCCAGAGUACCUCCACACAGACCAGAGACUGGUGUUCAGAGAGGGACGCACCAAGGCUGUGGGCACCAUCACCAAGCUGCUCCAGUCAGUCACCAAGGCCCAGCAGGCCAAGAUGCAGUCCACUAAGAAGGGCACCACGUCAGCUAAUGAGGAGGCAGGAUCCGCACCGCGGCCUGACAGCCCCAGUGCAGGACAGCUACCGACAGUGGGGGAGGAGGAGACGCUAUGUAAAGACGGCAACAAAGAGAACCAGCCCAAGUCAGGAGGUGGAGGCAGGAGGAGAGGGGGUCAGAGACACCGAGGAAAAGCCCUGAACAGCACAGCAUCACCAACAUCACAACAACACACACCAGCUGCAGCAGGAGUGGGCACCACUGCCUAACCCCCCGCCCCCCCACAACCAUCUCCUCUCCUUCCUCUCUCGCUACUCUCGUCUACAUCCACUCUUCUAUAUCUCCUCCUCUACAUCUUGUUAUGUAAUCAUUCUUGUUCCAAUUAGGGGAGAAGGAAUGAAUGUAGCAAAGAAAAGGAGGACGAGAAGUGAAACAUGCAUUAAUCCUAAAUGACACAGCUUAACAUGUCCAUCCUAGUUAGAUCACCAUUACAGAGUAGUUCUAGAACAUCAUUAAAUGUCACUAUGGCUUCUAUGGCAACUAACGACUGAACUGGCUCCUGGAAAAUAGCAGAAAGAAGCAGUUGACUCAAGCUAACAGACAUGGUGUAGUAAUAAAAACGUACAAGGUUUUUAUUACAGAUUCAUUAUGUAGACAGGAAACAAAUGGUGUUCAGGCACUGAGAUCUGUUGUCUUAAGGGGUCAUCAUCCAGUCUAAUAAUGACUGACUCCAGAUUCAAUCUAACAGGAAAUAAAUGGUGUCGUUCACAAGGUUUAGAUGAAAUCUAACAGACCGGACAUGGCAUAGGAGUCAAGGUUUAGAUGAAAUCUAACAGACCGGACAUGGCAUAGGAGUCAAGGUUUAGAUGAAAUCUAACAGACCGGACAUGGCAUAGGAGUCAUAAGGUUUAGAUUUGUUAUUCCAUUUGUCAUUAUUUAGACAGGAGAGGAAUAGUGUACUCCAAUGUCUCCACUCAAUCUAAUCGAACAGGAUAGGUGUAGUUCAGACACAGGAUAGUCCUACCUAACCAACCCCAAGGACAAUAUUCACUAGGCUCAUACACUGCCAUCUGACUAUACAUAAAACUGUGGGUCUGAAACAUUUGGAUCAGGACUCACUCUAGGUCAUGUUUUGUUCUAUUUUUGCCCUGGCUGUGUUUUAAUAGGAAAAACAACUCAUUUGGGCCUUGGAAAGGUUUUGUAUACCAGGUUAUCAUUUAGAUGUGUGCCUUUUUAGAUGUCUGCCCAAAAAAAGCAUGGAGUGGAAACUAUGAACGCUGUGUUUUUAAAUAGUGGAUUUUGUUCUUGGAGAAAUUAAGUGAGCUACAUUGUUCAAAUGGGUGCAAAGUUCGUCCAACGUUCUGUCCAUCUUUUGCAGUCAGAAAUGUUGACGCGUACUGAAAAACACAGACCGCAUAUCUGUUCUAUAAUUAAUUUCAAUAGAUUUGGGAAUCGUUGCUCCGCUACCCUUGCAGCGUGUUGUGUGUUGGAUUAUUUAUUUGGCUUUCAUAGAUGAAAGGGUUUGGAAAAUCCAAGAAGGCUAAUACGGCUUAAAAGUAUUUCAGGAGGAUUUAGAAGUUGUCCAUGUUAUCCUCCAUACCCUCUCAAGGACAUUGUUUGAGCCCAAAAACGCAGGCGGAAUAGUAGUUUUAAGAUUUGUUGUUUUUAUUCAGUUUCUAGUCAGGCACACCUUCUAUAAAAUGUGUUGGCGGAACUAGGGUUUUUGGGAUUGAAGAUUUUAGGUUAAUCCAUUUCCAUACUUGAUAUGAUUCAAAUAAAUUUUUUCUAAGCUUUGAUAUGGUUUUAUCAGGUGGUGUGAGCAUUUUUAUUUUGGGUUUGGAUUGGGACAGGUUUCAGUGGUGGAAGGCUUGGAUUGGUUGUUACCAGGCAGAAGUUACACUUUAGUACAAAUCUAGGAUCAGUUUAUCCAAUGUCGUGGUAAUUUCCUGUAUUUCUAAAUGAUGAGAGUUACAAACCACACACCAGCCAGAGUUAUACUUAAAUGUCAUCUUUUAAUAAUAUGAGCUUCACCAUAGCCCUGUGACUCUCAGAUCAAUUCAGUGUCUAUAAAUGAAUUCUCUGAGAGUGUCAACAUAAUGGCAACUGAGAUCUUUUAUAGCAAAGAUCCACCUCCUAGUUGACAUGAUAAACCACAGAUCAUAAGAACUUCACAAAGGGCCUUUUACUUAAGGAGUAUCCCAUAGCCAGAUAGCAUUAGCUAUAAAUUAUCAUUCAGUUUGGUCUCUUAGACAAGGUUCUACUUCUCUUUCUUGGUACUUCCUAGUACCAAAACAUUACCUCAUCCAAUGGCAUAUAUCUAUUGUCAAUUAUAGAUACUCCCAUCUCAAAUACACCCCCUCCUGGACAAGCUCACGGAGGAGAGUGUGCCUCUAGGUCAUAUACUAGGUCAAGAGAAGGGCAACAUCAGAGGGGUAAUACAAUGGUUCCAGACACUGCCAUACUCCUCCCCCCCAAUGGGAAAAGGAGGGAGUGAUUGGAGUACAGACAUGGUGGAGCCCUUCACAUGGUUUAGGAAUAGUUACAGACACAUUCAAAUAUGAAGACAAUCCUGACCCCUCCCCUCUCUGGGCCCCAAGUGACUAUCUCACAUAAGCAUAUUCUGAAAGUAAAUCAAACAUAUUUAUCAAUGUUACCUAACUAAUUCAGAUUCAGCUACGACACCAAUCACAGAUGUUAUCCUUUAGUAUUAGAGGAAACGACUGACCUUAGAUCCGGUCUAAAGGUAACCUCAUUUCAUUUCUUAUUCUCUGCUUUUAUGAUGGAUGUUGAUCUCAAUACAUUCAACAACCAUUUUAUUUUUUUUAGCUAAUAUUAGUGUAUACAUUUUCUUUUUGAAUGGACCGAGUGACACAUUUGUGUGUCUGCAUCUUAUGUACAAAAAUGAAAGUUGCGCCGAAAGAAAAAGAAAGCCCUUUAACUUAACACAGUGGUGCCAGUUUGUUGUAAAUCCUUUAAAUAAAGAGGUUUCAGAGUAUCAA